AUGCUCGUGCUCCCGUCCAAGGGUGGCCGGAGCGGCCUGGCCGGGUGGGUGUGGGCCACGUCCGCGGUCGGGGACACGGUGCGCGUCUUGAACUCCAGCAUGCCGUACUGGGGCUCCGACGGUGCCCGCGGGGAUUUCUUCUGCGCGCUACAGGCCAACCGGGACGUCCCAGCGCCGAGCCCGCGCAUCAGCCAGAGGGUGCCGGGGCACAGGGCAGGCGAGGCGUACACUCUGCGCUUGCUGGUUGCCAAGCGGCCGGGCUUCCCCGAUCCCUGGCUGAGGGUGUUGGCCGGGGGCGAUGAGCUGGUCAGCCUGGAGAGCGUCGGCGAGAGCUUCACGGAGAGCUCAGCCUGCCCUACCUUGCCCGCAGCCCGGUAG